CCUAACCACCCCGUACAAGUCCAGGGUUAUGUCGGCCUAUUUACUUGGCUCGUUGUUCAAUACGACGACAUUGUCGGCCAGAGCAAUGAGAUGGUCCAGGAAGCCCUGCAAUUCCACCAACGCUUCUUCCGAGGCGAGCGGCAGCCAAACAACCUGCUGGAGGCAAUUGCAAUUCUACUCCGUGAGGCAGACGACCACUUUGACACCGUCAUGGCCAAUAUGCUUCAGAUCUCCGUGCUCAAAUUCCUCACCAGUAACCUUUUAGAGCGCCAUGACGGCUUCCAGCACAUGGCGGUUACGCGAGCCGGCAACAAAUUCCCGGAUUUCUACAGGGAUAUGUCGGGAAUGAACGUGGCUUAUGCCGUCUUCUGCUACCCCAAGGCGCAGUAUCCCGAUGUCGCGGCAUUCCUCGAGGCGAUCCCCGACAUGGCCCGCUUCAUCGACAUCUCCAAUGAUGUGCUGUCAUUCUACAAAGAGGAAGUGGGUGGAGAUACAAGAAACUACCUGCACAACCGUGUCGACACUAGCGGCAAGCCAAUGUUGACCGUCCUCCAAGACGUAAGCAAUGAGACGAUAGAUGCCGCAAAGCGAGUGGACAAGAUCCUCAAAGGCAGGGGUGUCUAUGAACAGUCCUGGAAGGAGAGUGUCCAGGGCUACAUGGCUAUGCACACAACAAACCCUCGAUACAAGUUAAAUGACCUUGGCCUCGGAGAGGAACACCCCCUUGCUCCAUUUGAGCAUAAGAUCGGAGAGUUCUUCGACCGGGUCAAAAACAGCUCAUGA